AAAAAAGAAAAAAAAAAAAAGAAGGAAAAAAAAAAAAGAGAGAAGCAAGUCGUUACCCUGUCUUUCAUUUCCUUAAGAAUUUUAAUUAAAUUAAAAUGUUAAAUGGCCUUUAGGCCUAUCGGAUUCACAAUCUCCUCUCUUCGCAACGCUUCCGCCGCCAACGACCUCCGCUUCUCCUUCCUCUCCAUCUCUUCUCCUUCUCCGGCGAAGAAGAAGAGCCUCCUCUCCUUUCUCCGUGGAUUCGCCUCUCUCUACCGCCAACAACCCCGCGUGAAUAAAUCGGAAACGCUGGCGCAGAAGAUCGGUAAAUCCAUCCGGCGUGCCGGUGCGCCGUCGAAGGCUAGGGUUUACGCCGAUGUCAACGUCAUAAAACCCAAGGAUUAUUGGGACUACGAGUCCCUCGCUGUUCAAUGGGGUUCACAGGAUGAUUACGAGGUUGUUAGGAAGGUGGGAAGGGGGAAAUACAGUGAGGUCUUUGAAGGCAUCCAUGCCACUGAUAACGAGAAAUGCGUUAUCAAGAUCUUGAAGCCUGUCAAGAAGAAGAAGAUUAAGAGAGAGAUUAAGAUUCUGCAGAACCUCUGCGGCGGGCCGAAUAUUGUCAAGUUGCUCGACAUCGUUAGAGAUCAGCAGUCCAAGACGCCGAGCUUGAUAUUUGAGCAUGUGAACAAUAAGGAUUUUAAAGUCCUCUAUCCAACUCUCUCAGACUAUGAUGUUCGUUAUUACAUCUAUGAACUUCUGAAGGCGUUGGAUUUCUGCCAUUCGCGUGGAAUCAUGCACAGGGAUGUGAAGCCUCAUAAUGUUAUGAUUGAUCACGAGCAACGGAAGCUACGCUUAAUCGACUGGGGUUUGGCAGAGUUCUACCAUCCUGGGAAAGAAUACAAUGUUCGUGUUGCUUCAAGAUACUUUAAAGGGCCAGAGCUGCUGGUGGAUUUAAUGGACUAUGACUAUUCCUUAGACUUGUGGAGUCUUGGCUGCAUGUUUGCUGGAAUGAUAUUCCGCAAGGAACCCUUCUUUUAUGGUCAUGACAACUAUGAUCAAUUGGUCAAAAUAGCAAAGGUACUUGGCACAGACGAACUCAAUACCUACCUAAAUAGAUACCGCAUAGAGUUGGACCCUAAUCUUGCAUCCCUAGUGGGGAGACAUAGCCGAAAGCCAUGGUCAAAGUUCAUCAAUUCCGAAAACCAGCACUUGGCAGUUCCUGAGGCUGUUGAUUUUGUGGACAAAUUACUGAAAUAUGAUCACCAAGAAAGACCAACUGCUAAAGAAGCAAUGGCACAUCCGUAUUUCAACCCGAUUAGAAAUGCAUAAAGCAGUCGCAACACCACGCGUGGCCAAUGAUCCUGAAACAUUUGCUUGUUCAUUCCUUUUUUUUAUAUCAAAUUUCAUUUCUUUACGGAUUCUAUUUGUUUUAAAAGUCGGUUUGCCAUAUUUCUUUUUCUUAAUUGUGCGUGUUGCUGUUUUGAUCUUUCUCAGUGUUUCCUUUGAAUCUUGCAUGAUUUAAAACCCCAACAUUUUUCUUUUGACGCA